UGCGUGAAAUAUCACUCACGUAAAUACGAAAAUUACCAUAGUAACACCGAGAGAAAAUUUGAUUUCCGUGCUUGUUCGCCUUGCUUUACUUUUUUGGUGCUGCCUUCCAAGUUUUCCCGUCUGGUUGCAUUUCGAAAGGCAAAUCUUCAUAAUGCCUCCCAAAAAAGGGAAGAAGGGAAAAAAGGGCAAAAAAUCUGCAAAGAAGCCCAAAACCCCAACCGUCGUAGAUGGAAUGUCAACUGAAGAAAUGUCAAAGGAGCAGUUGGAGGAGCAUAUUGGUCGACUUCGUGAAGAAUUGGAAAGAGAGAGGGAAGAGAGAAAUUAUUUUCAACUUGAGAGAGACAAGGUCAACACAUUUUGGGAAAUCACGAAGCGGCAAUUGGAAGAGAAGAAAGCUGAAUUGAGAAAUAAAGAUCGAGAAAUGGAAGAUUCAGAAGAAAGACAUCAGAUUGAAAUCAAGGUAUACAAGCAAAAAGUCAAACAUCUUCUGUACGAGCAUCAGAACAACAUUUCAGAAUUGAAAGCAGAGAGUUCGGUGGCUUUGAAGUUAUCGCAGGAAGAUCACAGGUUACAGGAGACAGACCUCAGAAAAGAUAAAAGGUCAUUGAAGGUCAAUUUGAAAGAACAGGAAUUAUCUCAUGAGGAAUCUGUGAAGAAUCUUGUGAAGAAACAAGACGAACACAUCACUCAGUUGAGAGAAGAUUUCGAAAGACAAGCAAGAGAAAUUGAAUCGAAAUAUGAGCGCAAGAUGCGUGUACUUCGGGACGAACUUGAACUUCGACGAAAGACAGAAAUUCAUGAAAUUGAAGAACGAAAGAACGGCCAGAUAAAUGCACUCAUGCGAAACCACGAGAAAGCAUUCUCCGAUAUCAAAAAUUAUUACAACGACAUCACACUCAACAAUCUGGCUCUCAUCAAUUCAUUAAAGGAGCAAAUUGAAGAAAUGAAAAAAAAAGAGGAAAGACUGGAGAAAGAAAUGGCAGAAAUACAACUCCAGAACAAACGUUUGACUGAGCCUUUACAAAAAGCUCGUGAAGAAGUCGAUGAUCUGAGAAAACAACUUGCUAAUUAUAAGAAGGAUAAAGCAUCAUUGGCAAGUGCUAAAGCCAGACUCCGUUUGAUGGAGAAAGAAAUGAAAUCUCUACAAUGGGAACAUGAAGUUCUGGAGCAAAGAUUUGAGAAGACUCAAGCAGAGAGAGAUGAAUUAUACAACAAGUUUGUAAAAGCAAUUCAUGAAGUUCAGCAGAAGAGUGGUUUCAAGAAUUUACUUCUAGAAAAGAAGUUAUCAGCACUCGCUGACACUUUGGAAAAGAAGGAAGCUCAAUUGAACGAAGUAUUGUCGGCUUCCAAUCUCGAUCCCACUGCUCUUACUGUGGUUACAAGAAAGUUAGAGGACGUGUUGGAUUCGAAGAACAGCGCUAUCAAGGAUCUUCAAUACGAAUUGGCAAGAGUAUGCAAGGCUCACAACGACCUUCUUCGUACCUACGAAUCGAAACUCAUCUCAUUCGGUGUUCCCAUUGACGAACUUGGCUUCAAACCACUAGAGAGCACUAUCGGGGGCCAAGAACUUGGCAAAGGACCUGCUGGACUUGUCGCUGCCCCAACGUAACACACUUAUAAAAUAUCUCAGUCAAUUUUUUUUAAAAACUCCACGUUUUUACGUCACUGACACUUUUUAUUUGAAUUUUGUAACAUUGUUUACAUGUAAGCAUAUAGAUAAGGAAUUUUUGCAAAACUAAUAUAUUUUUAUUGUGCUUUAUAAAGUUUUGUAAUAUAUGUGAUAAAAUACACUGUUUUUAUGAUAUUAUAUGAGAUGUAAGCCAAAUUUUAGGGCAAAUUUAUGAAUCAGUAAAUUUGCAUUUUACAUGUAAUCGUUCCAGGAAUUUCGUUGAAUAUGUGGCAUUUUCAUCCCAGCAUAUCACUGUAUUUAUAAUUCAAUAGCCUAUUUCAUCUAGUAUUUUUAGCGAUAUUGUCGAGAAAAUUGUACUGAAAUAAAAGGAUUUUAUAACUAUGA